AUGAAACGGGCUACUAAUGACCUAAAGGUUCUGCUGUCCCUCUGGGGCGUGGCGAGCAACGUGGUUCAGAUUGAGGAAGCAUACGGCGACAAAAAGGCCCUCUUCAUAGUCAUGGAGCUCUGUGCCGCGGGCGACCUCGCGUCGCAUAUAAAGCGCAAGGGGCCAAUGUCGGAAGACGCAGCACGGGAAGUGUUCCUCUCCGCCGUCCUGGCCGUGAAGCAGUGCCACGAACACGGCGUGAUUCACGGCAACGUCGCCCCCGACCACGUGUUGCUCAGGCAAUCCCCCUCCGCUAUGCUUCACCGCGCUAGCUGCUCCGUGCCGUCGUCUCCCACGUCGCCCUUCAUCGCUCCCCCAGGUGUGCCUAUUGGGCCGCUGCUGAGCCGACGCCUGGCGAAGGCGUCGACGCUGGCGAGUACGCCUAGUCCGGGGAUGCCGUGCCUCGCUUCCGCCAGUGACAGCGGUGCCAGCUGUACUCGGAGAAGCGGAAAUUUGAGCAGGGAUAGUCCGAGCAACUCAAGCGUCGGUUUGCGUAGGGCUGGCAGAGAUGAGAGCGAGAGCAGCAGCUGCAAAGGUGGAAGAAGUAGCAGCAGGUGCUGGAGCUCUCCUGUCGCCAAGCUGUCGGGCCUUGGCGCCGCCACACAGCACGAAACAGUGCGUGCCGUGGCUGCUGCACUAUUGGGCCACGGCGUGCCACGGCAUCAUGACAUCUGGGGCCUGGGGCUGGUGCUGCGAGCCAUGCUAUCGGGCCACGUGUCCAGAUGGCCGCAGCAGGAGUUGAGGCGCAGCGGGUUGGGGCUGGACGGGGUGUCAGAGCAGGCGAGGGAGUUGAUCCAACGGUUGAUGGACGACGACGUGACAAAACGGCCAACGGUGGAUGACAUCUUAAAAGAUCCGUGGGUGGUUGGGGAGGAGCAGAGUGAGGAAGAGGAAGAGAGAGGGGAGUGGCAGAACCCAAACAGUUGGACAGCUGUUGAGUGCUCGUAA